AUGGAUUUUCGCAACGAAAAUGUUGACAUGAGCCACGGUUCACGUCGCAGGAGGCGCAGGACGCCCCGCCCGAACCAACCGCCACUUCCUACACGGCUCAUUGAUAACACUGUGUCUGUGGACGCUCCGCAGGACCAGGCCCUCUCUCAACAUCUGCUCAGACAGAACCAAGAGCUGAAGCUACAGUUGGAGAGGGAACAGCAGAGGAACCAGGCCUCCCAGGAAGAGCUUCUCACACAGAUAGAGAACCUCAAACUGGAUAUGCGAGCCACUGUGAUGGAGCAGGAGGCCAAGGAAGCUGUGGAGGACGAGAUACGCGAUCUGUCUGAAAGAAACGCCAGGCUCGAAACCAUACUGGACCGUAAAGACAAGAGAGCACAGAGACUCCUGGAUGCAAUCUCUGAGACGUCCCAACAGAAGGCCGCUCUGAGGAACCAGAUCACAGCUCUGCAACAGGAGCUGCAGCAGGAGCAGCAGGAGAAGGAGUCACUGAGGAGUCAGGUGACCCAACUCCAGUCAGAUCUGAGUGAGAGAGACCGAGCCACAGUCACAGCCCAGAGAAAUGUGGAGCAGUUACAGACAGAGACACAGAAGCUGUCAACAACACUGGACUCUCUCAUGUCUGCCCUGAACCAGGAGAAGAGUCUCACCAGUGAAGCUGAGCACAAACUGCAGGAGAAGGAGAGAGAGACGAACGAGUGA